AUGGUCUCCUGCGUGGUGCUAUAUGUCUUUGGUAUCAUUACCGCUGUCCAUGGUUUUUAUAGUUCAAGUGAUGAUGUUAUUCAACUUGAUCCAACGAAUUUCGAACGUCUAGUUUUACAAGGUUCUGAAAUAUGGUUUGUAGAAUUUUAUGCUCCAUGGUGUGGUCAUUGUCAAAGUUUGACACCGGAAUGGAAACGAGCUGCAACAGCAUUGAAAGGUAUUGUUAAAGUCGGUGCUGUCGAUGCAGAUACCCAUAAAUCACUUGGGCAGCAAUAUGGUGUAUCGGGUUUCCCAACUAUUAAAAUAUUUGGAACAAAUAAACGAUCGCCAACAGAUUAUCAAGGUGGACGAACAGCUGAUGCUAUCGUUGAGCAAGCUCUUAGUCAAUUGAAAACUGUUGUCAAUGAACGUUUGGGUAAACGAGGAGGAGGUGGAGGAAGCAGUAGUGGCAGUGGUGGAAAAGAUACAAUUGAUUUAACAGAUAGUGAUUUUCAGUCAACUGUUCUCGAUUCAGAUGAUGCAUGGCUUGUCGAAUUUAUGGCUCCAUGGUGUGGCCAUUGCAAGAAUUUAGCUCCAGAAUGGGCUCGUGCUGCAACUGAAUUAAAAGGCAAAGUCAAAUUAGGAGUUGUGGAUGCAACUAUUCAUACCCAAUCGGCACAACGAUAUGGAGUACAAGGUUUUCCAACCAUCAAAUUCUUUCCAGCCGGCAAAAAGAAUGGACAAGCAGAAGACUAUACUGGUGGACGAACUACAAGCGAUAUUGUUGCUUGGGCAUUAGAUAAACAUCAAGCAAAUGUACCUCCGCCUGAUGUAUAUGAAAUAACCAGUCAAGCUGUUCUAGAUAGUAAUUGUGCUGGAAAACAAUUGUGUAUUAUAUCAUUUUUACCAAAUAUACUUGAUUGUCAAUCGAAUUGCCGUAAUGAACAUAUCAAAAUGUUGAAAAAAUUCGGUGAAAAUUAUAAACGCAAUGGUUGGAGCUGGCUAUGGGUUGAAGCAUUUCGUCAACCAACAUUGGAGGCAAGUGUUGGUAUUGGUGGUUUUGGUUAUCCAGCACAAGUUGCAAUUAACUCACGAAAAGGAAAAUAUGUUGUGCUUAAAGGAGCAUUUAGUGAGUCAGGGAUUAGUGGGUUCUUAAAAGAAUUAUCAGCAGGUCGUUUAACAAGUCCGUUAGUGCCUUUGAGUGGCGUUGCUGAUGGCAAAUUACCUACAAUUGAUGAUAGUGAACCAUGGGAUGGUAAAGAUGGCAAAUUAGAUGAUGUUGAAGACAUCGACCUUAGUGAUGUUAAUAUGGAUGAUGAUGAUGAUGCUGUUACUAUGAGAAAGAAAAAAGUUGACUUAUAA